CGUCUAAAUAGACGCACGGCAUCGCGCUUGGCGGGUCCCCGCCUUGCGGUUCGGGUUUGGUCCCCGGCGCCUGGGCGGCGAGGCCUUGAGGAGGUUUUUUAGGCGUCCUGAGAAGAUCCGGGGCGCCCUAGGCAUCCCGAAGCCACCCGGCCCCGAGCCAUGUCCUGGAUGUUCAAAAGGGAUCCUGUUUGGAAGUAUUUUCAGUCUGUUCAGUAUGGAGCCCAUGGAAAGUUUCCAAGACUUUCAUACCCAACUUUCUUUCCACGUUUUGAAUUCCAAGACAUAAUACCCCCAGACGACCUCCUAACUAGUGAUGAAGAUCUGGAUUUGGUUUUAUUUGGAACUUUGAGAGGACAAGUUGUUGGACUACGCUAUUACACAGGAGUCGUAAAUAAUAAUGAAAUGGUUGCUUUACAACGAGAGCCUAAUAAUCCCUAUGAUAAGAAUGCUAUUAAAGUAAAUAAUGUGAAUGGAAAUCAGGUUGGCCAUCUAAAGAAAGAUCUUGCAGCUGCCAUGGCCUAUAUCAUGGACAACAAAUUGGCACAAGUGGAAGGGGUAGUUCCUUAUGGCGCAAAUAAUGCUUUUAGCAUGCCUCUUACCAUGACCUUUUGGGGGAAAGAAGAAAAUAGAAAAGUGGUCUUAGAUCAUUUGAAGAAACAUGGAUUUAAGUUGGGCCCCACACCAAAGACUUUAGGAUUCAGUCUGGAGAACAGUUGGGGCUCGGGAAGAGCUGGACCAAGCUCUAAUCCGCCAGUUCAUGUCGCAGUGCAGAUGACCACUGAACAGCUCAAAACGGAAUUUGACAAAUUAUUUGAAGAUUUAAAAGAAGAUGAUAAAACUAAUGAAAUGGAACCAGCUGAGGCUAUUGAAACACCAUUGCUUCCACACCAAAAACAAGCUCUAGCUUGGAUGAUUUCACGAGAGAACAGUAAAGAACUUCCACCAUUCUGGGAACAGCGAAAUGACUUAUAUUAUAACACAAUAACAAACUUUUCUGAGAAGGAACGACCAGAAAAUGUCCAUGGAGGGAUUUUAGCUGAUGAUAUGGGUUUGGGUAAAACUCUUACUGCCAUUGCAGUAAUUCUUACCAACUUUGAUGAUGGCAGGCCUCUUCUCUGUAAAAGAGGCAAGAAGAAUCAGCCAAGAAAGGAAUGCAAGGAUGAGUCCAUUCAGCCCAGAGGAAGUAAUGUGAACAAAAAGGCAGAUGUACACUCAGAGUCAUGUAGUGAAGAACCCAGUGUUUCAGAUACCCAGGAGAAGAGUAACUAUCCCAUGUCAGAGCUGUCUAGCUUCUGCCCUAAAAGAAGAAAAGUUUCCGUCCAGAACAUUGAAAGCAGUGAUUCAGAGGAAAUUGAAAUGGGCGAACUGCCACAGAAAAUGAAAGGUAAGCUGAAAAAUGCACAAACAGAUACUAAAAGCAGAGUGAAAGGAUCAUCUAAGAUUAAAGAAGACAUAAAAUUUGCUCAGGCACUUACUCCAUCUACUCCUGUAACAAAAAGGAAAAGGUUGAGAAAAGGCACAUAUGUGAUGGAGGACUCAGAGCCCUGUGACACUGGAGGAAGGACUAGAGCAACACUGGUCAUCUGCCCACUCUCUGUGCUGAGCAACUGGAUUGACCAGUUUGCGCAACAUAUAAAAUCAGAAGUGCACUUGAAUUUUUAUGUUUAUUAUGGUCCUGAUCGUAUUAGAGAUCCAGCCUUGCUUUCAAAACAGGAUAUUGUUUUGACUACUUAUAAUAUUUUAACCCAUGAUUAUGGAACCAAAGAUGAUAGUCCAUUACAUAGCAUAAAGUGGUUAAGAGUGAUCCUUGAUGAAGGACAUGCCAUACGAAAUCCAAAUGCUCAGCAGACAAAAGCUGUACUUGACUUAGAGGCAGAAAGAAGAUGGGUAUUAACAGGUACUCCUAUCCAGAAUUCUUUAAAGGACUUGUGGUCUCUACUGUCCUUUUUAAAACUUAAACCAUUUAUUGAUAGAGAAUGGUGGCAUAGAACAAUACAGCGUCCUGUUACUACAGGAGAUGAGGGAGGACUUAGGCGUUUACAGUCCUUAAUUAAAAAUAUCACACUUAGAAGAACAAAGACAAGCAAAAUUAAAGGGAAACCUGUUUUGGAGUUACCAGAAAGGAAAGUAUUUAUUCAGUACGUUACGCUUUCAGAAGAAGAGAGAAGGAUUUAUCAGUCUGUUAAAAAUGAAGGCAAAGCUACCAUUGGAAGGUAUUUGUCUGAAGGGACUGUCCUUGCACACUAUGCAGAUGUCUUGGGUCUUCUGCUUAGACUGCGACAGAUUUGUUGUCAUACUCGUCUUCUCACAAACGGAAUGUCUUCAAGUGGUCCCUCCACAAAUGAUACACCUGAAGAACUGAGAAAGAUGUUAAUAAAGAAGAUGAAGUUAAUUCUGAGCUCUGGUUCAGAUGAAGAAUGUGCAAUUUGCCUGGACUCAUUAACAGUUCCUGUGAUAACACAUUGUGCCCAUGUGUUUUGUAAACCUUGUAUUUGCCAGGUCAUCCAGAGUGAGCAGCCACAUGCUAAAUGCCCUUUAUGCAGAAGCAACGUACAUGGAGAUAAUUUAUUAGAGUGUCCACCAGAAGAAUUGGCAGUUGAUAGUGAGAAAAAGUCCAAUAUGGAGUGGACAUCCAGUUCAAAGAUUAAUGCUCUAAUGCAUGCUUUGAUUGAAUUACGGACAGUGAACCCCAACAUAAAAAGUUUAGUUGUUUCCCAGUUUACUGCAUUCCUGUCUUUAAUAGAAACACCACUUAAAGCCUCAGGAUUUGUGUUUACUCGCUUAGACGGUUCCAUGGCUCAAAAGAAAAGAGUUGAAUCAAUUCAGUGCUUUCAAAACACAGAAGCAGGAUCUCCUACGAUAAUGCUGCUGUCCUUAAAAGCAGGUGGAGUUGGCUUGAAUCUUUGUGCAGCUUCUCGAGUGUUCUUAAUGGAUCCAGCCUGGAAUCCUGCUGCAGAAGACCAGUGCUUUGACAGAUGCCAUCGACUUGGCCAAAAGCAAGAGGUUAUCAUCACAAAAUUCAUUGUGAAGGAUUCUGUUGAAGAAAAUAUGUUGAAAAUACAAAACACCAAAAGAGAACUUGCAGCUGGAGCUUUUGGAACGAAAAAUGAUGCUAAUGAAAUGAAGCAAGCUAAAAUCAAUGAGAUCAGAACUUUAAUUGAUUUAUAAUUUGUGGGAUUUUUGUAAGGUCAGUUUGAACAGGUACUCAAGUUUUACAGAUGAAAAGUACAGAUUUAAAAAUGAGACCUAGAGAAUACUCUCUCUGUGGGCAUACUUUAUAUUAAUAAAGUGGUGUUGCUGACAAAUCUGUGUAUGAAUGAGCCUGUUUUUAGUGACGCUUCAGACAGCAGUAAGUUCCAUGUUAAAGUGGCCUGAAAGAUGUUUUCAAGUUUCUUUGCUCUCCAGCUUUUCGUAAUGCCUUUGCUGAGUAUUUGCCUACAUUACCCAUGUAUUCCACAUUUUCAUAAUUAAGUGUGCUCGAAGCUUAUACUUUUGAUCACUGGGUUAGUUUUUUUUUUGCUGGAAAUAUUUAAUUAUUCACCAAAGCCUUUGAUUAGUGAUUCAGUGGAUUCAUGGUCCUUGUAAAUUGUUAACAAACAUGUAUACAGGACAUAAGAAAGGUUUUAUUGACUGUUCAAAAACUAGUUGCAUCUAUAGUCAAAUCUUAAAUGAAAGUUCAGGGAGCAAGUUAAUUGAAAGUUUUUUAUAGAUUCAUUGACAUAUAACUUAUGUAUUUGACUUGCAGUGUGUAUUUAGAAAACAUUAGGGACUAUAUCAAAGCAUUGCAUGUUCAUUUUAGUAAGUGGUACUGCGUUCAUUACUUAAACUGUAAUGAUAGAAUGACAUGUAAAUAGUUUGUAGGGGUGAGGAAUCAUUCUGUUUUGUUUUGUUUUUUUUUUUUGAAUGCUUAAAUAAUGUAAUUUAAAUAUAUAUUUUUUAUAAAUGCUUUUAUUUAUGUAGGUUUUUGGAAGUAACUUUGUAAGUUUUUAUAAUACAGAAGACUAGUACUAUAUGUGAGAAGAUUGAUAAUCAGGAUAGAAGUUGGGCUGGAUGACCUCCAAAAUCAUUUCAACUCCUAAAGUCAUCUUAACCUUGGAUAUAGAAAUGUGUGUAGAGAAUCAGAAUUUAAUUUUGGAAUUUUACUAACUGAUCCAUUCAUUUAUCUUACCUUUUGUUACCACGGAAUUAUAGAUGACUUUGAGUCAUAUUUGAAACAGUCAGGGUAGAUAAUCAGUAGCUGUAUUGUCCUGUAGAUUUUUUUUUUUUUUAAUCCAGCGAGGAGAUGACUAAGAAAGCUUCAUGGUUCAUGAUACAGACUGAAGAACAUUUGAAAUGUUAUUUAUACUACAAGAGACUGACUAAAAGAGAUGACAGAUAACCUUUUAAAGUGUAUACCAUUUAUCUUACCCACUAAAUCCUCCCCAACCUGUUAUUGCUCCAAGGGAACAGGAUUAGCCAGCAGACGUCUUCUCAGUCCUGUUUCUCAUAGCAGCAGGCAAGGCGGGUGUGGUUGUGAGGAGGACUUCUGCAGGGCUGAGAGUGGAAUAACUGGGUUUGGCCUGCUAGUGUCAGGAGCCCACGAGAGAUUGUUCACCUGGCGGAAUAGUGCCACACACACACUGAAUCUCAUCUCAUACGGAAUUAGAGUUCUUUAGUUCCCACAUACAGUGAGGUUAAGUAUAAACUGGUUUUGGCUCAAACAAACAAGAAAGGAACCCACUUUCCCCAUUUUAAUUACAAAUAAACUUGACACAGAAGUUAAGGUGGUGUGCUUCUUACCCAGAGAACUGCAGAGCUGUGCUCUAAAACAUUCAGAGCAACCAAUCUGUCAAACGAUUUGUGUUUAGUAUAUCAAGUGGUGUUGAUAAAAAAGCUAAUUUAUGAUAUAUAAACCACUGGAAUGAAAAAUUUUACAAUGUGCUGUCUUACUACUUAGAAAUGUCCUGAAAAUGCUGUGUUUCAGAUAUGUCUCCAACUGGAAUUUCUCUUUAAAUUUAAAAAUCAAUAAAAGUCUAAAAAUUU